AUGAUUUCAGAGAUAUUAGCGAAAUGCACACAGGAUAUCGAAAAAUGUCUGGGUGAGUAAAAGUAAUCCCACACUUAUAUUAUUUGCUCUACUUACGUUGUUUCUAGGAGUGCAUAAAAUUUGUCACAAGGAUCAACAGAUUAUAAUGACGAAUGAAAAUGAUUGUACAAAAGAUGGUGCAGGAAACGAAUGUCUCAAUAAAGAAGGUCAUAUGGGAAUUUGCCAAUACACGUUUGUGAGUUUUUUUUAUUUUGAAAUUGAAUAAUGUCAUCAUUCCAGCCUGACAAACCACCUCGAUGUUGUCCAGACAUAAGUGCUUCCAAAGAUUUUCCGGAUUUUUUGACACGAAUGAAAUGCAAAGAAACAACAGUCAUCCCAUUGCAGCUUCUCAAAACCUACUGCAAAGACGGUUUUUUAUUUGCGGCUGGGAAGAAAACUCUCAAAAAUCCCGGAGCACAAUGUACUCUCAAUUCGGAUUGUGAAACCGAUCAUUAUUGUAUGCGAGAAUCGCGUGGGCCGCAUGCACAUUGUUUUUAUGUUGCGCCGAAAGGUGGAGGAGUUAAAGAAGCGAAAAAUAAUAAUAAUGUGACAAAUCAGGAGGUUGGGAAUAAGAAGAAGAAUGUGGCGAAAAAUGAGGAUGAUGAAGAUAACAAUGUUGUUAUGUAUAUUAUAAUUUUUGUCGCGAUUAUUGCGCUAGCAUUGCUUGCUUGUGCUGGAACUGGUUUUUAUUAUUAUCGCAAAAAGAAGGCUGCAAGAAAAGCGGGGAAUAAGAACACAGCUGCUUCGAAACCCUUUUCGAAAGUGACCAAUAAGACUGGCUCGAAAAUUACAUCAAAAACUACUACAACAAUGACUCAAAAUCCGAAAACAAAGUUCCCUUCGAAAGCUGGUACCACAACAACAACAAUGUCUGCAAACCCGGGUCCGAAAUUCCCUGCAAAAACUAAUACGACCUCACCAAUGUCACCAAAUCCUAAUCAGAAAUUCCCUGCAAAAACUAAUACAACUUCACCAAUGUCACCAAAUCCUAAUCAGAAAUUCCCUGCAAAAACUAAUACAACUUCACCAAUGUCACCAAAUCCUAAAUUUGCUCCAAAACCUGCUCAGAAGCCGCUGGCCCCAAAACCAACUCCGAAAUACAUGGUUUCUCAAAAUCUAUUCGUCUAA